AUGGAUAUCGACGUUGACACGCCUCCAAUGGGGUUUUCACCGGAAACCAAACCAGAUUAUUCAAUCCUCCACAUUGACGCGUACUCAGAAGAUCCCAAGGCUCACGACAAGAUAGUAUUGACCAAGGAAACCCAACUCCAAUCUCCCAUAAUUACCCACAUUUAUGAUCAUUUUGUAGUCAACACCAACAAACGUUUCCAGGGACUUAUAAGCUCGUCGAUCAACGAUGAGGACGACCAGUAUAUGGGAAUGCCGGAGGAGGACUCGCAAAUGGAUGUUUUCAGCGACGACGACAAUAGCAUUAUCGCAGAUAUAAGUGGAGUGACAGAUGAACCUGAAAACAAAACCAAAAAAACCAAAUAUUACCCUUAUUCCGACAAUGAAUCAUACUACAGCGAGGAAGAGAAGCCAGAAGGAAUCGUACUAGAGGCCGUGAAAGUCAUCGUUCGACUCACAUCGAUACUGGUAAAUGACAUACAGUACUCGCUAAGUGCUCCGAUAAGAGCAUGUUGUAAGGUACCAGGUAUCAGCGAUUCUUGCUCCAGGGAAGAGGAUUCGUUGUUGGUAUCGCUUUCUUCCGGGUUCUUGUUACUCGUGAAGUUUUUCCUUGUUCCUAGGUCUCUUACAGAUUCAGAAUACGAAAAAUACGGCACUGAAGUGUCCCUGUCACGCAAAGAAAUGUUGGUUUUCAAACCAUUUAUAGUACAGUGGUGGGAUACUUCCCCCAAAAGCUCACUGCUAACUUUGGAGUCUUCCGGCCACAUAGUCUGUGCUCAUGAAUCGGGUUUGACUGCCGUCUCAACUUCAGCUGACGGGAUCUUUCGAAUCUACAACAUUCAACAUACCACAAGUGGAAUACAAUUCCUACCACAACGCAACGUGCCCAUAGAAGGAAUAGUGUUACAUGCAUGUCUAUCUCAACCUCCAAAACCUUCGGCUGCCACUGACCAUGUGAUGUUCCUCUUGCUAGUCUACACAGAGCACCGUCGUCUUUACUUGUACUUGUAUUCAUGGUCGGUUGGUGAUCCAGCCACCGAAUCAUUAAACAAAUCGGUAUUGCCUUUACAAAACAGCUUUGAUAUCCCAGUCCAUGUUAUUCCACUUCGCACGCAAGAGGCGUUUCUCUUUGUCUAUCACGGUGAAUUGGUUAUCGUCACACCUCAUACCAUAGUAUCUGCAGACUACAAAUUUCGAAGGGUGAAAUUUGAUACCGCUUUUCCAACAGCAUUCUACAAGCCAGAGUUACCCCUUGAGGAUGACUCAACCGGUGAAACAAUUUUUAUCUCUACUGACGACGGAACAAUAUAUUGGAUCACAAUUUCAUCCAUUUUCGAUAUCAAAAUUGUUCCCCUAGUUAAGAUUUCAGAUCCCAUUUCGGUUUUUACAUUCGAAAAAGAUAAUGAUGGUUAUAUGUUGAGAUACGGCAGCGAUACCGGAUCCAACAGAGAGGUUUUCAUUCCUAAUCUAUUCAACGACUCCCAAAUAAAAAAGGCAAACGAGGGAGGAAAGUUGCCCUUAAGCCUGUAUCGAGUUGAGCGAGAUUACAGAAACUGGAGUCCCAUUAUCGACGUUCUGAUAAUAGAUACCCAGAAACAGAAAAAUGUAUCCCUGCAUUCAUCUCAGGAAUUUUGGGCGUUGACGGGAACUGGCAAAAGAACAAGGAUAACACAACUUCGACAAGGCUACAGUGCUAAACGUACCGUGAAAGCUGCGGAACCAUUUCGCAAUGCUCGUCUUUUCCAUAGUGGAUUCCAAGGCGAAGAGGUUUUAUGCAGCUAUCCAAACGAAACCCAGUAUUUUCAAACUGAACUUCCGAGAAGCAAACUCCCCGUAAAGGAGCCUUUCAAUUGGAUGAUAGCUCACGAUGUCCCGACUCUUCUUCUCUUUCAUUAUGGCGACGACGACAAUCUCUGGUUUCAGAUAACGCCUAACUCCAUCGUUCUUCUUGAAUCAGGGAUCUUUGACACGUUGAAGCUAGAUCUGACGAUCAUGCUAUGCGAUAAGUUUCAAGAUUGCUUGGCUUUACUUUUACAAGAUUCUUCAAACAAGUUCGAACUACAGAUCUAUCAUAUGCUGGAAUAUGACCCUGAUAAUUUAAUUCCCAAGGUUCUUGACCUCAUAAAAAAAGGAGACGCCGUGAAGAUAGACUUUGAGCCAUCAUUAGUCAAGGUGUUGCUCAUCAAAAAUAGGCUCAAAAUAGCUGUGGGCGAUUACGAUGGAAAUUUGUACAUCUACGAUGUGAAGAAACUAGAGGAAAUUCCCAAAGUCAUAGACUUGAAAACUUUGCCUGAGGCAACUCUUGACGAUCAUAUCGAGGGCUUCAUUCCGCAUGAUGCAGUAAUGUUCAAAGGCGAGCUAAUAAUAGGAACAAAAGAGGGCUACUGUCUACAUUUUGCAGCCGACUCCCUCUCUUUGCUCAAAUAUUGCAGGUCAACGAAAGUCGGAAACACUCCAGUUAUGUUUCGUACUGUUUACAAGGAUGAGAAUUUGCUCUUCAUUUUAUCCAGAACCGUCUGGCUUCUCAACUAUUAUGAUUCACCAUCACCACGACGAGUAUUUUUCGACGAAAAAACAGACAAGGCGACCCUAGAUUUGGUACAGGUCCCUGAGAAGUCACUGUCGAAUAUAAUUAAGGUCCGCGUUAUACGGGAGGAUGGAGCGUUUGAGGGUACCAUCUCUACCACUUUGUUGCCAAAUGUCAAACUGGCCAAUCUUGGGGAAUCUGCUAAAAAAAUGCUUUUUAUCCCCCAUCACAAUACCUUUUUGGUUCUCUGCAACUCUAAAAAUCCAAAAACCAGACUCAAAUUCUUCGAAAAGAGGCUAUUCAAACUUUUAGAUAUCCGUGAGUUCAGUUCUAAAGGAAAACUUCUUACAGAAUCAGAAACCAUCUUUAGUAAAGAUGAGAUUCCAGUAUGUGCAGCUAUCUGGUCCAUUAAGCGACCAGACCGGGUCUCGAAAAAGAUACUUGUUGGUUGCACCGUUGGCGAUGUUUCAGGUUCUUUCAAGGUGCUAGACAUCAACAAAACAAGAGACAACGCCGAUGAAGACAUCUAUGUGCGAGUAACUGAAUUGGCCUCAUUUGAUCUAGGUGGACCUAUUCGCUGCAUAGAACAACUUGGCAAAUGGAUCUUAUGCUGCUCCGGUAGAACCAUCUAUUUCACCUCAUACCUGCCCGAUGAUCGAAAGCUAGAAGCCUUGCGAAGCUUGAUGUCUUUUCCUAGUGACAUUGUGGCGCUUAAUAUCUCUGAAAACACCAUCAAUGUCACAACCAAGGAAGAUCUGAUAUUUUCGUUCAAGGAUAUUUCUUUUGAAGCUGACAUAGCUACUCUAGACUUUCAGGAGAGAGUUUCGAAGGACCCUAUCCCAAAGGCCUUAGUGAAUCAAGCACCACUUUCUAGAUAUGUUGUUGCAGGCGAUAAAAUACGCUCGUCUGUACUUGUGAUGCAAAAACUGAACGACUCCUUUCAGAACAACCUCUCGCUCCGAAUGCCCGGAAUCAUGAGAGUUUACCAAGCUGACUUUCGGUAUUUUUGGAAUGAAGAAACGGAUAUCUCAGCUGUAAUUGGUGUUUCUGUGAGUGGAGAGAUUGUUGCUUUGAGAGCCAUCUCCGCCGAUAGUAGCGAGGCAGAAGCGUAUUCCAAAGUGACAGGAAGUCCGACGUCGACCGAGUCGCUCUUGAGGCGCUUGGGAAGACCUUUUGAAGGCAAGUUGACGGGGAAAUGCUUGCGUUCCAUCAACGCUCCUUACUUUGGUCUUUCGCCAAAUAAUUGCAACGCAGUAAUCGACUACGACAUCGAAGAAAUUUCCAAGGUUAUUCAUAAAUCUAUAGGACUUUGA